GGGAACAGGUCCGGCCGAAGUAAUCUCUGACCAGUUGUCGCAAGCAAUCCCUUUCAACACUGCAACACUCUCGUUGUACUCAACGAUACAACUCUAUCGUAUUCCACUUUCCUUGAGUCGCGACACGCGUUGCACAGAGACGCACCAUGGCCGACGUCAAAGACCCGUCUAAGCUCACUUACGAGGAUUUGGAAGACCUGCUGAAGGAUGAUCCUGCUGUCAAAGUCGGCGGCGCGGACAUCGACGGACAGAUACGAGGGAAGCUGAUGUCCAAGAAGAAGUUCAUGUCCAUUGCUUCCUCGGGAUUUGGCUUUUGCUCAGUCAUCUUUGGCUGGGACAUGCAUGACCAGACAUAUUUCCGGGAGCUGGCAAUUAGCAACGCCGCGAAUGGAUACAGGGAUAUUACUGCAGAGGUUGAUCUGAGCAGUUUCCGCAGGAUACCUUGGGAGAACAAUGUGCCCUUCUUCCUGGUUAGCUUCAGAGAGCCAGAGGGCGGCAAGCUGAGCGCUUGUCCCCGAAGCCUGCUGGAGACGGCCGUAGAGAAGAUUGAGGCCAAAGGUGUUGGUGCUUUGGCGGGAGCCGAAUAUGAGUUCUUCACCUUCCGAGCACCUUCGCUACCGCAGAAUUCCGACGAACGCAACUCGAGCGCGACGGCGACAUUCUUGAAACAGAAUCCGGUCAACUCAUUGCCGAGCUUAGAGGAGGGCAUGUUUGGGUAUUCUCUCACGAGACCGACGCAUAACCAGGACUGGUAUUACGAUAUCUUUAAGACGUGCAGCAACUUUAGGUGCGACAUCGAAGGUUGGCACACCGAGAGCGGGCCUGGUGUCUACGAAGCUGCACUGGAAUAUGGAGAAAUCAGAGAAAUGGCGGACAAGGCUGCUUUGUUCAAGCUGACGGUUAAGAACACCAGCUCGAAAUAUGGGAUCACGCCAUGCUUCAUGGCAAAACCACGAGAAGGGCUUCCUGGUAACAGCGGACAUAUGCAUGUUUCGCUCAAAGACAACAAGACGGGCAAGAACCUCUUCUAUCGCGAGGAGAAGGACGAGAACGCACCUUACGAGGACAUUGCGCACGUUUCGGACAUUGGCCGACAAUUCCUUGCAGGUGUGCUGGACGGCCUACCGGACAUCAUGCCUCUCGUUGCCCCUACGGUCAACAGCUACAAACGUCUUGUUGAGAACUUCUGGGCGCCAGUCACCGUUUCGUGGGGACUGGAACACCGUGCUGCUUCUAUUCGCCUGAUCGCCCCGCCAACGUGUCCACCAAAGGGCACGAGACUCGAGAUACGCGUGCCAGGCGCUGACACAAAUGCGUACCUGGUCCUGGCGGCCAUUCUGGCGCUCGGCUGGCGAGGUGUUGAGAAGAAGAUGGAGAUUCCCGUGCCUCCGCUUGGGAAAGGCCAAGAUGUCGGCGGCGAGGCUGACAAGGGUCAAAGACUGGCGAAGAGCCUGAAAGAUGCGACAGCGACAUUCGCUCGUAAGGGGAGUGUCGCACGUGAGGUCUUUGGCGACGAAUUCGUCGACCAUUAUGCUGGCACUCGAGAGCAUGAGAUCCGGCUGUGGGAUGAGGCAGUGACUGAUUGGGAAGUGAGAAGGUACAUUGAGACAGUAUGAUCGAGACAGCGAGGCUCGUCUCAGUUCAUGUGCGUUACGGCAGCUUUGUACAUAGUGGUGGCGGAGAGUGCAUGCCAAAAAUGCGAUUACGAACAUGGUCAAAAUAGCUACACAACAGCCGCGGCCUGGAAAGCCCUGUGAGAUGACGAUCAUGUGAC